CCAACAGCUGAAAAAUCUGACUUUGGUACUUGUUUGACUAGAACUGUAUAAUAAAACUUUGAAAAAUUUCUUUGUCUCUUCUCAGGCUGUAUCUCAGCAGACUGUCUAAGCAGAGAUGAUGUGUUUCUGUGUAUUUAAGGUUCUGUCUUCAUUUUGCUGACUCAAACCACAUAUUCCAAGGAAAGGAGGGGAAGUGGAAUAAAGUACUCAAGUGCCAGAGGAGAAGCUAGACUAGCCAAUGAAAAUCACUGUUACUAAACUGCAGACUGCUCUCACACAUAGUGGGGGAAAAAAUUGCUGUCUGUUCAAAGCCUAUAAAAUUACUUUUGCAGACUUUCCUCAAAGAACUUGAAAUAGGCUAAACUCCUUCAAAUAGGACUGAAUUAGGAAAUGGAAAUAUGACUCCUUGCUGGUGUCUCCCAUCCUCCUCCCUUUUUGCAGUUGUUUUUUGUUUGGGGUAGGAGAUCCUGAACAAACUGUAUGGCGUCAACCAGGCUUACAGUUGAUGGUUAUGGAUGACAUAGGAACUUCAGAUUUACAUCUCUGCCAUGACACCUGAUUAAGGCAAAGGUUGAAAACUGCUCAUCAGCUAUGUUACCAGAACUUGUAGUAGCUGUUACAGUUGUACUUUCCUUCUCUUUCUAAGAUUUGAUGUCUGGGGUGAUGUUCCCUGGAAAGCGUGAGCAAAUAAGUCAUCUUUUAGGAUUGGAAACAGAAAUAAUAUAAGAAUGCCCAGAAGAGGCUUAGUAAUUCAAGCCAGGACUCGUUGGCUCUUAGUGGGCAUUGCUUUACUGUUCAGUUUAGUCUUGCUCAUGUAUUUGCUCGAGUGUGCUCCGCAAACGGAUGGUAACGGAUCUUUACCUGGUGUUGUAGGUGAAAACAUGGGUAAAGAAUAUUACCAAGCUCUCUUGCAGGAACAAGAAGAGCAUUAUCAAAACCGAGCUACCAGUCUGAAACGUCAGAUUGCCCAGUUGAAGCAAGAGCUUCAGGAAAUGAGUGAUAAAUUGAAGUCCCUGCAGGAAAAAAAAAGCCCAAAGGUCAAUGGUAUGAACUACCAGGGCACCAAAGAACAAACAUCCAAUGAUCUCCUAGAGUUUCUUCAUUCCCAGAUUGACAAAGCUGAGGUGAGCAUGGGGGCCAAACUGCCUAGUGAAUAUGGCGUCAUUCCUUUUGAAAGCUUUACAUCCAUGAAAGUGUUCCAGUUGGAGAUGGGGCUCACUCGGCAUCCAGAAGAGAAACCCGUUAGAAAGGAUAAACGAGAUGAAUUGGUGGAAGUUAUCGAGGCUGGCCUAGAAGUUAUCAAUAAUCCAGAUGAAGAAGAUGGACAAGAUGAAGACGAUGGAGUAGGAGAGAGGCAGCUGUAUGGUGAAAAUGAUUUUAUAGAAGGUUACUAUCGUACAGAAAGAGAUAAGGGGACACAGUAUGAGCUGUUUUAUAAGAAGAUGGAUGGCAUGGAGUACAGGCAUGUCACCUUGUUCCGACCUUUUGGACCCCUCAUGAAAGUGAAGAGUGAAACGGUCGAUAUUUCUAGAUCCAUUAUUAACAUUAUUGUUCCUCUUGCUGGAAGAACUGAGGCAUUUGCACAAUUUAUGCAAAACUUUAGGGAUGUGUGCAUUCAUCAGGAUAAGCGUGUUCACCUCACAGUGGUCUAUUUUGGACAAGAUGGGCUCUCGGAAGUACAAAACAUCCUGGAAUCCGUAGCUAGAGAAACUGACUUCCACAAUUACACGCUUGUCUCUCUGAAUGAGGAAUUUAACAGAGGCCGAGGACUUGACAUGGGUGCCAGAGCCUGGGAAAAGGGCGAGGUCCUGAUGUUCUUCUGUGAUGUUGAUGUUUAUUUCACAGCUGAGUUCCUCAACAGCUGUCGCUUAAAUGCUGAGCCAGGGAAAAAGGUUUUUUAUCCUGUAGUAUUCAGCCUUUACAAUCCUGCUAUUGUCUAUGCCAACCAAGAUCUACCACCCCCUGUGGAGCAGCAAUUGGUACACAAGAAGGAUUCUGGUUUCUGGCGAGAUUUUGGCUUUGGGAUGACUUGUCAAUAUCGGACAGACUUUCUGACUGUUGGGGGUUUUGACUUGGAAGUGAAAGGCUGGGGCGGUGAGGAUGUUCACCUUUACAGAAAGUACUUGCAUGGUGACCUCAUUGUGAUCAGGACGCCGGUCCCUGGUCUCUUUCACCUCUGGCACGAGAAACAUUGUGCAGACGAACUCACUCCGGAGCAGUAUCGCAUGUGCAUCCAGUCCAAAGCCAUGAACGAGGCCUCUCACUCGCACCUCGGGAUGCUGGUUUUCAGGGAGGAGAUCGAGACUCACCUCCGUAAACAGGCUUACAGGACUAACAGUGAAGCAGUGGGUUAAAUGUCACCCCUGUGACAUUUAAUGACUUCAAAUUCACAGUGAACCAGCAUCAUUUUACAGCCUUAAUUCAGCUUACAAAUGCAGUGCCUCUCUUUUUCAGUGAAGAAGAGUUUAAAGGGUUUUUGUUUUCCGAGUAAUUCUUUGACUGUUACGCUGUUACCUACAUUUCUUGCGAGUUCAAGCACCUCAGAUGAAUUGGAAAGUACAUGUAGUUCAAGGAAAAUGUCUUCAGUAUCGAUUGGAAGAAUCUGUAGAAUGUACAAUUCAACACUUUUCCAUGUGGUACAUUUCAGUUCUUAUAUUUGCAUUAUUUUAAGAAUUAAAUGAAAUAAUCUUCUGUGUCUUGAGUAUUUUCAGUCUGUAUGGCUCACUGCACUGUGACUUCAGAAGGAUACUGUACUUGUACUCCAUUAGAGAAACAAGAGAAAGGUGUGGAAAAUAAUCUCACCAUGAAAGGUACAUGGACAUGCUGACCAGUACACCAGCUGUUCGGGUGCGGAUUUCACAGCAACGGCUUGGUGCUGCAUUUGCUGUUAUUAACAGACAUUAACAUGGUUGAAUAUAGAAUAAUUCGGGGGGGUGGGGAAUGAAAAUCCUUUUUAAGUGGCAUUUUAGAGCAUAUAAUGUAACUUCACACUGCAAAGGAGACACCACCUUCUUAUCUCUGUGAUGGAUCAGACAAGUUGGGAAUGUUCCAGUUGCGUGUUUCUGGGUCUGGUCUUUUCCCACAGUAGAUGCCACAUCACAGAAUCCCUUCUCUAAACUGAGCUAUGCUAUAAAAGUUGUUUGUUUAAAUAUUUUCGGCCCCACUCCUCCUUAUUCAAAGGCCCUGCCUAUGUGUCUCAUCCUUUAAGUUGAGGAACCAUCUUUUCAUUCCCAUACGAAUUUGUUAAAGGCCUGUUUGCUAUUAUUCCAAUAUUAUUUUUGCAUUCUCUUUUGGGCAUUUUCAUGUCAUAUUUUUGUAAGGCAGUCAUAUACUCUUAGUUGUUUCAGUGACUGAAAAAGCAAGUGCUAUUACAGUCUUUCUUUAUACAAUGCUCUCCAUUCCACUCAUUAUACUAGUAGCCUUAUUCUUCAUUUUUUCAGUUGGAGGAUGUUUUAGGGAGUUGGGGGUUCUUUUCCUUUUUUUUUAAUUUUGCUUGGUUGUUUUUUUCGAGCAUGCAUAAGCGGAAUUAUGUUGUGGUCUCAUUAGUGCCUUGUACAAUGGCACUACUACUUUGCUACUUCCCUUUUGGGUAUUUUGGGAUGCAUAAACAUGCAGGCACGUCAUUUCUCUCAUGUUGUCUUAUAUGAUAUCAUAUGGCAUGCCUCAUUUUUAAUACAUUUGUUUAUGGAAUGAAUGCUGAGAAUGCUAAUUCAGUGGUUAAACCAUUUGUGUGGUCUCCACUGAAUUUAGGUAUUAGUUGAAAACCCUUCUCAAACCAGGUAAUUAAGAUCUGUUUAUGAAUUUCGUUUGCUCAAGAAUUUUGAAGGCAACUAAAGAUUUAAAUGGUUGAUUUCUGAAUAGCAGAUAUGCUGUGCGAAUAGUUCUGGGCACUGAUCCUUUUUAUAUGUACAUAAAAUUUGCCUUUAUGUAACUUAUUGUGGAGAACAAGUGUACUGUAUUGUACUUAGAGUGAAGAGAAUGCAUUGCAAGACUUCUUGCAGUUGAUAUUCUCAACAUAAUAAAUGGAAUUUAUGCAUUUU